ACGGGAUUUCAAUAUCGUUUAGUAAACACCCAAACAGAUUACAGCUUUCCGUAUGAGCUUGGUCAAACAAGCUUGUGAGCAGUGGAGCUCUAGUGGCGGUGGAAUUGAGUGGAGGGUGGCUCGGCCCGUCGCGUCAGCUAAAAGUGCAGAGGGAGGGCUCGCCUUGUGGCUUCUUGGCCCCCUGCAUUCAAGUGCAUUGGACGGCUGUAUUGCAGAUGCGCAUCCGAACAGUCGGGCAGCGGGGGCCAACGGACUUGACGCGGUAAUGUGAAGGGGUCGGGAGAGAGCGCACUUGAGAGAGUUUAACCAUUAACCAUCGUCCAUCGAUGUAACCGCACGCGGUCCGGUACCAUACUUAAGGUUUGCACACCGGCAUUCGCGUCCUCAGACCGCGUCAGCAGGAGGUGGAAGGAUACAUGCAGCCAGCUCGCUGGACGCCAACGGAACCUCAACCCGGGUCGUGUCCGGAGCACCCACACAAAAAGCUUAUGGUUCACUCUGUUCGGAGAAGUCCCUUUCUGUGGCUGGUAAUUGAAUCCUUGUGCAGCAGACCUUUAAAUAUCUUCAGUGAAAAGACCUCUCCAGCAGCCACGUGGUGUAAGCCCACACGGAGCCACUUGCAUUGAAUGGAGAACAUAUUGGUCCUGCUCCCAAAACACCGACAGGAACACAGGGUGUGCAGACAAACAGAUGCAUGUGCUUUGCUGCAGUUUUUCCCCCUCUGAACAAAUUCCAUUUGGGCUUUUAAUAAGAUCACCCCCUCUCCACCUUUAAAUGGGAUAAAUUACUUAGACCGAUCAGGGUCAAAACCAGGUCAGGUGGUCCAGUGACUUUAGGAAGACGUAGUCUAAACUUUCUUGCUAAGCUGAUUGUCUUCCAAAGGCUUCCGCAUGGUACUUUGGUCGAAAGAACAAGACAAAGUGCCCGACAUCAAAAUGUCCUCCGGGGCCGUUGAGAUGAAGAAGGAGAGAGGGCCCCUUUCGCCGGCCUUCCUCAACUCCAACUCCAUUGUGCACCCGGUGAUCCUCACUCAGGGACCUGAGGAAGGGAACCCAAAAACCGGGAGUGAGUUUGAGCUGAAAGAGGUAACGUCUUUCACAGAAAUGGCCAAUGAAACCCCCGAAAAUGAAGAAAGGCUGGAGAUUGUUGCUGUGAUGGACUGUCGGGCUAAUGCCAAAGGUCAACGUGAGGAGGAUGCUCUCUUGGAGAAUGCAAGCCAGAAUGAGAGCGACGACACCAGCAAUGACCAGAGCCCUGAACCACCGGCACCCCUCAAAGAAACUUCCUUCUCCAUUGGUCUGCAGGUGGUUUUCCCCUUCCUGCUGGCUGGGUUUGGGACAGUGGCGGCUGGAAUGGUGCUCGACAUUGUCCAGCACUGGACUGUGUUUACUGAGGUCUCAGAGGUGUUCAUCCUUGUUCCUGCACUACUGGGGCUCAAAGGCAACCUUGAGAUGACACUGGCCUCCAGGCUUUCCACAGCAGCUAAUAUUGGUCUAAUGGACACAACCAAGGACAUGUGGAACAUGAUCAUGGGGAACUUGGCUCUCAUCCAGGUCCAGGCCACAGUCGUAGGGUUCCUGGCCUCCAUUGCUGCUGUGAUCUUCGGUUGGAUUCCAGAGGGCCACUUUAGGCUGGGCCACGCAGUGCUGCUUUGUGCAUCCAGUGUAGCCACUGCCUUUAUUGCCUCGCUGCUAUUAGGAAUCAUCAUGAUUGGUGUGAUCAUUGCAUCCAGGAAAGUUGGCAUCAACCCAGAUAAUGUGGCCACACCUAUUGCUGCUAGUCUCGGAGACCUGAUCACCCUCUCCCUCCUGGCCGGCAUCUCAACGGGGCUCUACAAGGAACUUGAAUACAACGACUAUGCCAAUCCUCUGGUAUGUGUGGUGUUUGUGGCAUUGUGUCCAAUAUGGGUGCUGAUAGCCAGGAAGAUCCCAUCUACGAGAGAAGUCCUCUACUCCGGAUGGGAGCCUGUCAUCAUCGCUAUGGCCAUCAGCAGUGUCGGUGGUCUUAUUCUUGACAAGACCGUUACCAACCCAAACUUUGCUGGCAUGGCUGUCUUCACUCCAGUCAUCAAUGGUGUGGGAGGUAAUCUGGUUGCGGUUCAGGCCAGUCGAAUCUCCACCUACCUGCACAUGAAUGGUAUUCCCAUGGGGGAUCCGAACCCCACGCCCAGGAACAGGAAGUGCCCCACACCCUGCUCCACUUUCUUCACCUCCACUGUGAACUCCCGUUCAGCACGUGUGCUCUUCCUUCUGGUCGCCCCUGGUCACCUUGUCUUCCUCUACACCAUCAACUCACUGAGGGGGGGACAUACCACACUAACCCCCGUCUUCAUCACCUUCUACAUGGGUGCUGCGCUGCUGCAGGUGAUUAUCCUGCUCUACCUAGCGGACUGGAUGGUCCACUGGAUGUGGGGCCGAGGGAUGGACCCCGACAACUUCUCUAUUCCCUACCUGACUGCUCUCGGUGACCUGCUAGGAACCGGCUUCCUCGCCCUCUGCUUCCACAUGCGCUUUUUCAUUGGUGACAGAGACUCCAAUUUGGGAAACUGAGUCAGUUCCCUUGCACAUCACGUGGACCUCGAUGAUGGGGAAACUGGAUGUUUUCUGACGAAAGGGCUAAUCCCUCAGAGGGUUCUGAUUGAAGAUGCGGCGCUCCAGUUCAAUGACGACCGGGCGCACUCGGAGGCUGUUUCAAUGAGGAAACAUUGGAAACUGUUUUUUGUCUUAUUCAGCCCCACAAACUUUUUUUUUUCUUUUUGCCUCAUAACGGAGUCCCCUGACUCUGUUAUUGUUGUACGAUUGUAAAUGAUUCUUAGGGGUAAAUAAUCCGUUUGAUGUAAGUUGAUAUCGAUUCUGUUUUGAAAGGCUAUUUAUUCCUCAUUAUUUUCAAUGGGGAAACUAGCCCGCAAAUCCAUUUUUACGUGAUCACCUUGCAACAAAUACAAGAAAAAUAAGCAAAAAAAUAAA